GUCACCCUCCCACCCACUCACCCUCCCAUCCAUCCUUCCAUUAUCCAUCCGGCUGCCCUUCCACACACCCACCGAGUGACCACAGCGGGAGUCGAGGUUCCCUCCUAACCUGCAGUCCUUGCAGAAGGAGCGGUGGCGGUGUUAGCGAUGGGACACUUGACUUUCCUCCCAGGGAAGCUCCGUUCUGCUGGAAUAUGAUGCCGUACAGAGUGGCACCUCCCCGGGAGCCCCGUGGGUGCCCCCUUUGUCUCUCGGCUUCCGUUGCCUCGUACUCGGAUGCUCAGGACGUUUUGCAACGGCUUCCCUGCUCCACACUGCGGUGGGCCCAGCUCUCUCUGGUCUGGGAGGGCCGGAGCGAGCGUGCGGCCUGGGGGGCCUGACGCUGGCGCUCUGCCCGCUUCCCAGCAGCCUCUGCAGCGUCCCAGGCCGGUGGGGACUGACGGGUGGGGUGGGCUGCCCUGUCCCAGACCCGCUGGCAGGAGCGCUGUCUGCUGUGGCUCCUGGUGCCGCCCCGCAGUCAGCCUGGGACGCGGCCCAGCUGUGACUCGGAAAAGUACUGGCAACUCGAGUCCACAGCUCCCAGGCCAGCUGAGCUCCACAUCUUCAAAAGCUCAUUGUCCCCGAAAUAGGAUUUCCAGGACGAGUCCCCAGGACACGGACGCGAUGUUCGACGCGAUGUUCGCCCGCGGGCUGAAGAGAAAGUGCGCCGAUGGCGAGGACAGCCCCCCGGCCCCGCCCGCCGGCAGCCUGCAGCGCCAGUCGCUCCUGGACAUGUCGCUGGUGAAGCUGCAGCUGUGCCACAUGCUGGCGGAGCCCAACCUCUGCCGCUCGGUGCUCAUCGCCAACACGGUCCGGCAGCUGCAGGAGGAGAUGAGCCAGGACAGCACGUGGCAGGUGCCGGCGCCCGCGAGCGCGGGGCGGGGGCCGCUGGAGCGCCUCGUCUCCACCGAGAUCCUGUGUCGGACCCCGUGGGAGCAGCAGGGGGGGCACUCUGCUGCCGACUCGGGGGCCAGCCCGGCGCCAGACCUCCUCUCCGAACCUCCGGGGGCCCUGAGUGCGCAGGCGCCGCGGAGCGCUCCCGGCUGCGCGUGGGAGGCGGCCAGCCCUCGGGAGAGCAGGGGCGGCUUCCAGAGGUCGCUGGACCAGAUCUUCGAGACGCUGGACAGCAAGGCCCCCCGCGCGGCGGAAGGGCUGUUUGCGGACGUGGACGGGCCCUACUACGACCUGGACGCCGUGCUGACGGGCAUGGUGGGCGCCAAGUCAGUCCCUGGCGACGGGUUCGAGACCUUGGCCUCCGCGGGCGCCCCGCCCCCUGGCGUCAGCUACAAGCGGGACCUGGGCGAGCUGGACCACGUGGUGGAGAUCCUGGUGGAGACCUGAGCCUGUGCCCUCACUGCCCGCCGCCAGCAGCCCGGCAGCGCCGGCCGCAGGGACCCGGAGCAGCCCCGGCUGCCCCCUUCUGCCGGCGCUGGGCCUCACCAGCCCGACAGCCCCGAGGGUGUGGCCACCAGCGUCUGCCUUUCCUCGGUGAAUUUUUAAAAAUUGAGUUUUAUAUGUUUUGGGCAACAUUUUGGCUUAAGAUAUAUUUUGUAAACUUUUUAUUAUCUCUAGACUUUCUCAGCUAUUUUCUUAAACGUAUAUUUUUUCUAUAAACAUCCUCUGCUGCUAAUUAGAAGCGUCUGUAGCCUGAGCACCUGCAGUUGGUGUGUUUACUUUCUAAGGUUCCUUCUUCAGAGUCGCCCCCUCUGAGUCAGGGUCUCUGUAAACUCAGGAGGAACCGCCAUGUGCUGCCAGGCCCUGCGGGCGCCGCCUCUGCUGAGGGAGCCAGCCCACCGUCAGCUGGUGGGAAGGAAGUGAGAGCCUGUAGGUUUGAUGGAUGGCUGUCCUGCAUAAUAAAAGGCUGAUGGGCAAGUCCGCCGAAUGGCAGAAGACUGAUUGCUCUGAUGCACACUGACCACCAGGGGGCAGACGCUCAAUGCAGGAGCUGCCCCCUAGUGGUCAGUGCUCAGCCAGAAGCCAGACUUGUGAGGGAGCCUCUCCUGCUUCUGAGGCAGCGCUAAGGACCCCUCGGGGGAUGUCCCACUGCCGGCUUAGGCUGAGGCUCACUCCCUGCCCGCAGGCGGACAUCCCCGGAGGGGUCCUGGACUGCGAGAGGGCGCAGGCCGGGCUGAGGGCCCCCCAUCCCCCAGUGCACGAAUGUCACACACCAGGCCUCUAGUUUAUAUAUAAAUGUUCUUGGGGGCAAAGGUCAGAUUGCUGUCUGGCCCUCGUGGAUCUUCAGACACCUAAGGGGUCUCUGGUGCCCCCCGAGGACCCAGCACCAGCCACGGCACAAAGGCCUGUGCACACGCUUGCUGUUGGCAGGCUGGGGCCUGCCUGCGCCUGCUGUGGGAACUGCUGGGACCCGUGUCAAGGUCAGGUUAUGUCCAGGGUUAAAGAAACGUGGACCCGGGUCUUGAUGGCCCCUCGGUUUUGAGGGAGUUGGCGGUGGGGUUGGCCGGGGUGCCUGCCCGGGGCCCUGAUGGACACCGCCUGCGCCACCUCGUCUUUCCCUCCAGCUCACAAGGGCGCUGCCCUCCCCACACGGUUCCUCUCCCUGCCCUUCACCAAAAAGGUUGGUUUAAUUCUGGGCACGUGAUGAUUUCAUGUCACUGCUGUCACCUCGCUUGAUCAAAGAUUACUCAGCGCAGUGUCCACGGCCUCCUGAGGCCUGUCUGCUGGCUCAGCUCCGGUGCCUCGUGGGUGGGGAGGAAUUUCACUGGAUGUCCAGGGGGCAGUGGGACCGCCUGGGCCAAGGACGAGGGCGCCCCUGGAGCCGGCCCUGGAGGAGCCCGUCACGCUGGGCAGAGGGGCCUGGCAGGGCCAGCAGGUGUGGCCCUGAGCAGCCCGUUGCUCCCUUCAGGCUUUGAUCCUCCCUCACGGUGGACAGUGGUUCCAGGUGUGUGUGUCCUAGAAGCAAUAAACCAGCCUUUUGUGUCCACGGCA